AACAGACAAUACAAUGGAUCCACUUCAGAAAAUAGAAGAAAACUUUGCAAAAGAACUAUGUUCUUCACGGAAAGAAGUUUUUCGGGAUCAUGAAAAGGAAGGCAUCAUUUUGACUCUAAUGGGUGACACUUACAAAAGGCGAUGCAUUGAUAAGUCAACAGAAAGAGAACAUUACGUAAAUGCUACAGCUCUGUAUAAUGCUGCCUUUGUACGUCUGGAAAAUGCAGGAGAGAAGGGGCCCAAUCAUCAAAGGUACCGCGAACAUAUUGUGACAUCAUGCGAGCAAAUUGAAACACUAUAUUGUGACAACAUCCUAGGGGGAAAUAUUUACUGCGUGAAAAAAGGCAUUAACCAAGCAAAAAUUGAUGAGUUGGAAAAAUAUCGACGCCAUCUAAAAGUCAGAGUGAAAAGACUUGAAAAAGUUUGGGAGGAAUGCCCAAAACCUGAGAACAAAAGAAAACCUCGAUUUGAACAAAGGAUGAAUCAACUGACUCAGUUAAUCUGCAAGCAGAACACAAAGUUUGUAAAGGAAUUCAGUGCAGAGCUGAUGGAGCAAAGUGUCUCUGUAUGUGGACCACCACCAUGUAAGUUCACAAUGGUUGGCCUUGGCUCUAUGGCAAGAGGGGAAUCAACACCAUACUCUGACUUGGAGUAUCUAUUUCUCACUGAAAGUGACAAACAUGAUGAAUAUUACCUCAACCUACAUUUCCAUUUCCAACUCCAAGUGUUGAAUCUUGGCCAAACCCCUCUACCAGCUAUGGGUAUACAGAGUCUGAAUGAUUUCUACAAUGAGAAGGAAUCAAAUGACUUUUACGAUGAUGUCACACCAAGUGGGUUUAAACUUGACGGGAAUAUGCCUUGGGCAAGUAAAACACCCCCAGGUCAUAAGGCAACUGAAUUGAAGCCACCCCUCAAGCUCAUCGGCACGCCAACAUAUAUGGCAGAGCUAAGCACAACCAAGGCAGACAGAAUACAUGGUUAUCAUCUGGCAACGAUCAUAUCCACAGCAAUAAGAAUCUUUGGUGAUGAGAAUCUAUUCCUUGACUUCCAAAAUCAGAUUAAUAUGACUAGGAGGGGUGAAAACCCUGAGUUUGUUAGACAAAUAUGCCUUGAACGAAUGCAUGAAGAUUGUCAGAAGUACAAAUUUAACCUCAAUGAUUGCUCUUCAAAAAAUGUAAAGAAGGACUACUACAGGUUCCCAUCUACAUUUAUAAACAAUAUGAAAGAUCUUCAUAUGCUAGAUGUCACAUCCCCAUGGGAAAUCAUCAGAGAGCUACAGAGGCAAUCUCUACUAACAUCAGAGCAGUGUUCACACCUUUACUUUAUGAUCAACGUUGCUAUAGGUAUGAGAUUGCUUACAUACUGUACAAAGAACCAACAACAUGAAACAAUAAUUGGAUCUAGUAACCUAUAUAUUCAAGAACAAAUUGAAACAAAAACAAUUAUUGAAUCUAGUAACCUAUAUGUUCAAGAACAUAAAUACUGUAUGGAUUCUUCACCAUCUAAAGUCUGGAGACAAAGUAUUUUGAUUCCACAUGACAGGCUAAUGCAGAGCUACUUCUUGAGAUUCCUAAGCAUUACUGAUUGUAUUGAAUGUGGAAUGGCUACAAAACCAUCAUCAAUGAUUAUGUAUUGCCAAUGCAAAGGGUGUAUAUUGCUGGUUAAAGUGAAGACAUAUAUUGGACCUGAUGAUAUCAUUUAUGAGCCAGAAGAAAUUAUAGAAUCUAUAGAGCAAUCUUGGCAUGUUCUAGCUGGGAUUAUCAGACAGAUUGAUUAUAAUGGACUAGCACAACUUUGUCAUUUCUUAAAAGGAGACUUUAAAUCAGUACAUAUUCUCAUGAAUAAAAGGCUAAAACAAACACAUAGUAUGCCAAAUAAGCUCAAAUCUCGCCAUUUACUCAGUGCAGCAAUUUUAAACUUAAACAUGGGGAAUAUUUCAGCUGGUCUACAGCAGAUAGAUGCUGCUAUAAAAGUAUGUCUACCAGAUGAGCCUAGUUUUCAUUACAACCUGAUGAUGAUGAAACUGAAGUGGCAUACUAAAUUAAAAGACUAUCCCAGUGUUGUGCUUUGCUUUGAUGAUAUGAGAAAAUUUAAGGCUUACAACAAUUUGCCUGAAUGUGAAAGGACAGUUGUAGGUCAAUUCUACACUAAUGCACUGUUACAUCUUGAAGAUUAUAAAACUGCCUUGAAAUAUUUACCAAAGCUGAAAGGAGACUAUGCAAUGUUGUUUGGUGAGUCAAGUGAGGAAUACAAAUGGACUCUUGAAAGCAUGUUCACUUGCUAUACAGCCCUGGGUAGAGUCAAAGAGACUGAGAAAGUCGAGAACAUGUUGAAAAGAAUGAAGUUACAAGGAAUUAAUUAAUUGUUACUUGACAUAAUGUAAAAAUGCAAAAUAGUGAAAUCAUUAGCUGGAGGAUAUUUGCUAAAAUGUCCGCAAAUUAAUAAUUUCACUGAUCAAAUAUUGUGUAAAUGUUACUUUGAUUUAUUAUUGAAGAAUGUUGGAAAUCUAUUGUCACCAAAUUGGUGGUUGAAUAAAUAGUACGAAUAAUAUAAAGGAGUAUGUAAGAUAUGGCAAGCCAUUUUCAAAGGGCUAUAUCUUUUAGUUCGAAGAAUAAUUUAACCACAAAAUCAAAUGGUUCUGUUAGAUCCAUGUCUUAUCUUCAAUAAAUGACAUUAGGAUGAUAAUCAAGUUGAUUGGAUUAUCUCUUAAGCUGUCCUUAAUCCACCCAUCCUCACCAAUUUUCCCUAAUAUUUAC